GCUUCUAUGAACCUGAUUGGUUAAAUACAGAUCUUAUUGGAGAUUUUGGAAAGAAGGUUUCCAGUACUGUGAAUAAGUUUGCUGCCAUGACAAUUCAAGAAAACGGCCAGAUAGAAACCACAACUAGCGGCAGCCGUUUUCCGUACACAUACGUGAGAAAAUCAACUCCUAAACCAAAACCUGAAAUCGUUUUCAAUUUUCCGACAGCAGCGGAGACGAAAAUGACGGACAAAACUACGGAGAUUAGUGAGAAGAAAACGAAAACAGGAAAAAGAAGAGAUGGCGGAUUUUCAUCUGAAAACGAUUUUUUUGCUGAGCUUUCAUCUCUCAGAGGAAAUAAGAACGAGCUAAAUGUCGUAUUUGUUGACGGAAUUCCGACCAGCCAAGCAGAUCUGUUGGUUACAACUAAGUCUCCGUUUGAUGUUAUCUCCGUAAAUAAUCUGCUAACACCAGAUGUAGAUGAGAAAACACGUGUCAAGCUAAACAAGGUAUAA